CGAGAAGAGAGGAGGUAGACAGACAGCCUCCGACAUAGUGUACACUAUGACGAAUGCCGUUACAGAAUCACCCACCCCAACUGGACCAAGCGGCGUGUCAACAGGCAGCGACAGCAGAAGCAGCGAAAGGAGGAACGGACAUGGGAGGAUGAAUUGUUCGGAGAAGGACCCUGGGAUCAGCCUGGAGAAUAUCGCCGCCCCAAAGAAGAACUGGAGGCGGCGAGAGCUGAGAGACGCUGGUAUGAGGAGAAGCAACAGCGGCAGCAGGAGCAACAAUAUUGGGACUACACUACUUGGGAGGAAAUAGACAGGUGGGCGGUCGACCCAGAGAGAGUGCCAGAGCCCGCCUGGGAUUCGCUGGAGCAGUGCGAAGAGGGUUAUAGGAGAAUGGAGUUGGAGAGACAAGCACGGCGGCGCAGAAGGAAGCCCGAGAGUCAGCCCCAAAAAUGUAUGGGGGGGGGCUCAGGGAGAGGGUGGCAGAGUCAGGAGUCAGACCUGAGCCAACUCUCCCUGUUUAUCGUGAGGAGCCAAGGAGGAGAUCAGAACCAGAGCCGGUGUUAGAGGUGAGCGAAGCAGAGACUGUGAAGGAGUUAAUGGGGAAAGUGGAGGAGAGAGUAAUGAGGGAGUUGCUAGUUUGGUGCUUUAGGUACGAUAUUCGUCCGACGGAGCAUGUCGGGGAUUUGAUGGCACCUGGGUCAGCGCUCCAUACUCGUCCUGAGGUGCGUGUUAGUCGGCUGGUGAAAAUUGUGCCAGCCUCACGCACUAGGCCUCCUGUGUACCUACCUAGCCUUGCACGUCCUAUGCCAGCCCUGCUCUCAGGCUCUCCAGUACACCUUCACGGUCCGGUCCAUCCUGUGCCACCUUCACACACCAGUCCUCCGGUGGCAGCUCCCCGCACCAGGCUUCCUGUGCGUGUCCUCGGUCCAGUACCACCAGUUCCAGCACCACGCACCAGGCCUUCAGUGCACCUCGCCUGUUCAGCGCAGCCAGAGCCUUUCUCCUCUCCAGUGCUGUCGGAGUCUCCCACCUGUUUAGCGCUGCCGGAGCCUCCCGCCUGUUCAGCGCAGCCAGCGCUUUCCUCCUCUCCUGCACUGUCGGAGCCUCCCGCCUGUUCAGCGCAGCCAGCGCUUUCCUCCUCUCCUGCGCUGCCGGAGUCUCCCGCAUGUUCAGCGCUGCCAGAGCUGCCAGCCUGCAUGGAGCAGCCUGAGCUGCCAGCCUGCAUGGAGCAGCCUGAGCUGCCAGCCUGCAUGGAGCAGCCAGAGCUGCCAGCCUGCAUGGAGCAGCCAGAGCUGCCAACCUGCAUGGAGCAGCCAGAGCUGCCAGCCUGCAUGGAGCAGCCAGAGCUGCCAGCCUGCAUGGAGCAGCCAGAGCUGCCAGCCUGCAUGGAGCAGCCAGAGCUGCCAGCCUGCAUGGAGCAGUCAGAGCUGUCAGUCUGCAUGGAGCAGCCAGAGCUGUCAGUCUGCAUGGAGCAGCCAGAGCUGUCAGUCUACAUGGAACAGCCAGAUCUGCCAGUCAGCCAGACUCUUCCAGAUCUGCCAGUCAGCCAGACUCUUCCAGAUCUGCCAGUCAGCCAGACUCAUCCAGAUCUGCCAGUCAGCCAGACCCUCCCCUAUGGGUUUAGGUGUGCGGCCGGGAGUGUGGGGGGGGGGGGGGGGUUCUGUCACGCCUUGGUCUUAGUAUUUUGUGUUUUCGUUAUUUAGUUGGUCAGGCCAGGGUGUGACAUGGGUUUAUUUUGUUGUGUUUUCGUAUUGGGGUUUUAGUAGGCAUUGGGAUUGCGGCUGAGUAGGGGUGUCUAGCAUAGGCUAUGGCUGCCUGAGGCGGUUCUCAAUCAGAGUCAGGUGAUUCUCGUUGUCUCUGAUUGAGAACAAUAUUUAGGUAGCCUGGGGUUCACUGUGUGUUUUGUGGGUGAUUGUUUCUGUCUUUGUGUUUGUUGUCACAAGAUAGGCUGUAUAGGUUUUCACGUUUCGUUUGUUGUUUUGUAUAUUUAGUUAUUUCAUGUACCGUUCAUUUUUUCAUUAAAGAACAUGA